AUAAUCAAACUAGCUAAUUAUUUCUUGUUUUUGCUCCUUAUUUUUUUUCAUACGUCAAUGGCAAAUCCAGCUUGCAGUGGAAAGCUUAAUGUGGAGGUUGAAGUGAAGUCUAAUGCUGACAAGGUUUGGGAAGCCCUUAGGGACUUCAUCUUUAUUUUCCCUAAGGCCUUCCCUAAUGACUACAAAAGUGUCGAAGUCUUGGAAGGCGACGGGAUUGUCGUUGGUUCUGUUCGAUUGAUAACAUACGGGGAAGGUUCUCCGAUUGUUAAAGUAUCGAAAGAGAAGAUCGAAGUUGUGGACCCACAAAACAAGACAUUUUCUUACAAUAUCAUUGAUGGAGAUCUCCUUAAGUACUACAAAAGUUUUAAGGCUCACGUUACCGUGGUUCCCAAGGAAGAAGGAAGCUUGGUGAAGUGGAGCUGUGAGUAUGAGAAGGCCAGUGAAGAGAUCCCUGAUCCAAGCCUCAUCAAGGAGUUUGCUGAAAAGAACUUCAAGGAGCUCGAUGAUUACCUUGCCAAGGAGGCGUGAUUAAUUAAGUCAAAUUAAUGUUAAAAGGGACUAUAUUAAUGCCCUAUACAUGGGUUAGUUUUGUUAUCCCUAAGUGUGGCUCAUUGAAUAAAGUUAUAGCCCUAUAUAAGUUUCACCUGCUGUGUUCUUUAAAUUUCAGUGUGAGUUUGAUGUGUUACUGUGUUUAACAUCUUAAAUAAAAAAGCACCCGUCAGUUUGAUUU